UCUGGAACAUUGCAUUGUGGGACAGCGGCAGGCAGUGGUUCCGUAUUUGGGGUUUUUACAGCUAGCUGAUAGCUGCGUUUCAUGCAGCCUGCUGGAGGAAAUGGAGGAAAAUGGGACGCCGCCGUCUUGAUGUUUUACACUAAAAGAAUCGCACGGCUGCCUCAGUUCUAGGUGAUUCAUGCACACUGCUACCCUGCUGCCUCCCAGCUACCGCCAUGCCUUACGGAGAAUCAGUCCGCUAUCAAUGACAUUCCAGUGGGAUCCAUGUUUACAACAACAGAUCAUUCUGCCAACAAUUAGCCUCUUAGCAACUUCUAUUUAAUCAGGCUUGCUCCUUUUUGCAAAGCACACCUUCACCUCUGCAAACCUGAGCUCAUUAUUCCACCACACUCGACUUUUCUCCCUUGGCAAGAGGCUGACCCCCUAUCAUGAGAUUCCGAAUUUACAAGAGGAAGGUGGUGAUACUGACUCUGGUGGUUGUCAUCUGUGGCCUCGCUUUCUGGAGCAGUGGAAGGCAAAAGAAGAACGAAAGUGGAGCGUCGCCGAAGGAGGUGGAGGCGGUAAAGAGAAGCAGCAGUGUUAGCAGCAGCAGCAGCAGUAGCAGCAUCAACAAUCAUAUCCAAGUGCAAGCUACACCUGUGGUCAGCCGGGUGCCUGUUCCCCCUCCUGUUAUACAUUCAAAUGACACACACCAGGAAAAAGCAAAGGAAAAGGAGAAGGAGAAGGAGAAGAUACCCAAGCCAGAGGUAGACAACACCACUUUAGUCUACAGGGGUAUUGUCUUCCAGCUCAACUUUGACCAGACGAUAAGAAACGAGGAAAAGUUUAAGGCAGCAAGGCAAAAGGAUGAUCUGAUUGUGGUGGUUCAGGUCCACAACCGACCGGACUACCUUAAGCUCUUAGUGGACAGUCUGAAGAAGGUCAAAGGUGUGGAGAGCAUACUGCUGAUAUUCAGCCAUGACUUCUGGUCCCCUGAGAUAAACAAAGUGGUGGCCUCUGUUGACUUUUGUCAGGUACUUCAGAUUUUCUUUCCCUUCAGCAUCCAGCUGUACCCACAAGAGUUUCCUGGGCACGACCCAAAGGACUGCCCCAGAGACAUUCCCAAAAAAGACGCCUUAAAGCUGGGAUGCAUCAACGCAGAAUACCCCGACUCUUUUGGCCACUACCGGGAGGCAAAGUUCUCUCAGACCAAACACCACUGGUGGUGGAAGCUGCACUUUGUAUGGGAGAGAGUCCGGGCUGUGAAGGAUCACAAAGGUCUGGUCCUGCUGAUUGAGGAGGACCACUUUAUGUCCCCGGACUUUAUCCAUCUCUUAAAGCUGAUGUCAGCUCUAAAAAGGGAGCAGUGCACCGACUGCGACAUCCUCUCGCUGGGGAGCUACAGCCACAUCGGCUACUCCAGCAAAGCUAACAAGGUGGAGGUGAAGGCGUGGAAGUCCACAGAGCACAACAUGGGGAUGGCUCUGAGCAGAGAGACGUACCAGAAGCUCAUCCAGUGCACCGACACGUUCUGCACGUACGACGACUACAACUGGGACUGGUCCUUGCAGCACUUGACCGUGUCCUGCCUGCCCUCCUACUGGAAGGUCAUGGUGAGCGAGGCGCCCCGGAUCUUCCACGCCGGGGACUGCGGCAUGCAUCACAAGAAGGCUUCCUGCAUGCCUAUGAGCCAGAAAACCAAGAUAGAGAACAUCCUACAGAGCAGUGGGAACCAGCUGUUCCCAAAGAACCUCCUGAUUACUAAAAGACUGCCCGCUAACGGGGCUGGAGGGGUGGCCCCACAUGUGAAAAACGGGGGCUGGGGCGAUAUCAGGGACCAUGAACUCUGCAAGAGUUAUGUUCGAUUACAGUGACCUUAAUUACUACUAUUAUAUAUUAUUGUCUCUUUUGCAUCCUCUAUAAAGAAAAAAGCCUUUUAAAGUAAAUCUUUAUGGACUAUUCUUCAUAUUGCCUGUUUUAUCGGACUGUUCCAAAUAAAGACGAAUGUUGGAUUUUUGGCUUCUUUAACACAAAUAUGUCUUUACAUUGAAUAUUUAAGUGAUACCUGGCAAGUCUACUAUGUUUUGUAAGUUGUAAUUAACAACAAUCUACUAAAGAA